GAGUGACAAGAUGAGGCUGAACAAAAAGAAAGUGCUUUUAUUUUUUAGCCUUCUUGGAUCUGUGUACCUUCUGCUGUAUACAAGACAAACCCUGGAUGUUCAUUCAGCAGCAAUGAACCGCAAAUCCUAUAUUCAGGGAACUGAGCAGCUUUAUACAAGAACAAGAGAGAACAAGGAAAGUGCUGUCCAUCCCAGCGUUUUGCAACAGCAGAGAAAACACAAAUGGAAGGAUUUUUUUCUUCUGGAAUCUGUUCAGAUUAUGGAGUCAAACCUUGAUCCAAAGGCCGCCAAAGCCAAACCAGUCAGAAAGUCAAAAAGCAAAGAUGGUACAAAGUGGUUAGGAGAGGACAAUGAAAUAGUGGGUGCUCCACGAGAUGAUGUGGAGACGGACACCACUCAGAAAUCAGCCAAAAAGAAUAAUGUGACUUCCCCAAAGAAACAAGAGGCGAAGAAGGUGAAAGAAGCAAAGAAACCAGCCAAAACAUACUUGGAAUGUCCUCAGCUUGGCGGGUUGCACCCAAAGGAUUUCCUCAGGUGGCCAGCCUUGAAGAAACCCAUCACUUGGUUCAGUCAGAGGGACAAGAGACUUGUAAAGCUCCUGGCACAGGGCUUUGUUCAGAAGGUUGACCACUUCACCAGAGGGGAGGAGAUGGCCCGUGUUGUCCUGAGCAUUGACAGCUCCCGUCCUCUGGAGGGCAGCAGAGACCAGUGUAGAGCAGGAGUUUGCGGUAUUGUGAAGGAGAUGAGUGACCUGAGAGAAGUCGCUGCUUUUCACCUGGACAGGAUUCUGGGCCUCGGCAUCAGUCAGCCAGUGGUCACACGACGCCUGCAGUGCCCCCUGCUGCCAGCGAAAUACACCGGCGGAUCUGCCAAGCCAGUCGUGUGGUGGGACCCACAAAUCUCUCUACCCCCAGGCACUAGCUUGCACCUGGACACUUACCUUUUCCACGUGGCGCAGUUCCCAAGCAUUUUCAGGCAGUGUGGCAUACGGCAAGAUGAAAUAUGUUUCAGAGACAACAGCCCAGAGCUCAAGAAGCUGAAAUUGUUGGACUAUUUCUUCCAGGACAUGGAGAUGAUUUUGACCAGCUUUGGCAAGGGCGGGGACAGACGUACAGUGAAUUUUAAUGAUUUAGAUUGGUUACCUCCGAACACCCUGAAGAUAAUUGCCUCACAGUGUCUGCCUGAGAUGCUCUUACGUUCAUUGCAUAAAGAUCAAGAAUACUGGCAAAGUCAAGAACUGAGCUCCCUAUUGAAACUGGCGGACAAAGUUCAUAAAAGAGCACAGGCUUUGUUAAAGUACAUCCAAGAACACCAGGCAAGGCCUAAAAAGAGACUGGUCUGAAGUUCAACUGAAAGAUAUAUGCCUGAGCCCUUGGUUAAAUAAUAAAUGCAGUGUAACACAUUGCAGUAAAGUAGCAAUCUCACUGGUAAAUAGGAUUCAUUUUAUCUUCAUGGGAAAAACCCAGCAAAUGCCACCAGCAUGAAAAAAGUUUCAAUCAAUUCUCAGCAAAUUGAAUAAAGUGUUCCUGGGAGAGAUACUGGUUGACAGGCACAGAGUCAGAGCACAAAGCCUAAAGGUGGCUUUUGUCAUUAUCCUGGAGAGGCAGACAUGGCUGAGAUACUGUUCGACCUAAUCAUUCCCUUGAGUGGAUGAAUAGGAAGAUGCUCUGGUGUGAAGGAGAGAUUGGAAUGAGAAGAUUUUCGCCAAUGGAAUAAUCUCCUCAUUCGUAUGAACCAGGGUAACAUGCAGGUCCUCUGUCAUCACUGGGCUGGUUACCAGCUGAAGAAAAAAAUACCUUGUAACUCCAAAUCUCUUAUCAAGAAAAUAUUG